UCUCCCAGAAACAAAAGAUAGCAGAAUAGAGAAAGAAGAUAACACAAAACCUAAUCAAUAUAUACAUCAUCAGCGAUUUCAUUCGAGUCCGUGAGUGAUGAAUCUCGCAUUUGCCCUCUCGACUCAUCGAUUCUGCUAGAUUUUCUCUGGAUCAAUCCUAGGGUUCUUAUUCAUUUCCGCUCCUUUCUGUUUUUAGAAUCUUCCUCCCUCCCUCCCUAGGGUUUUCCUUCUUCCUCCUCAUCCGAUUUGCGAUUGGAGACUGAAUCGUACGCAAUCGAUUAGAUUCUUAGCCAUCUGGUGUUUGGUAGAUAAUCUGGGCAUAUCGAAGGUUAUCGCACUCCAUUUCCGUGACUUUGAAUCGGCGGAAGAGACAAUCUAAUAGUUAACCGUAACGGUUGGGUAGAGUCUUUGAUUAGAUUGAAGGUGAGGUUUGUUUACCAAGUCCGGUGACUUGUGACGGCAGAGAUUUGCAUGGGUGAGAAUGAAUCAUGGGCGGCGGCUUCUCCGCCGUCGUCACCCAGUGGCUUGUUUCCGAACGGGCUGUUGCCGGGGAUGUCCGAAUCUGUGACACGGCCUCUCGAUGCCGAAAGAUGGGCCGUUGCGGAGGAAAGAACCGCUGAGCUCAUUUCUCAUAUACAGCCGAAUCCGCCUUCGGAAGAUCGUCGAAAUGCUGUUGCUAGAUACGUGCGGAGGCUUAUCAUGGAAUGCUUCCCUCUUCAGGUUGAGAUCUUUACUUUUGGAUCUGUGCCACUGAAGACUUACUUGCCGGAUGGAGACAUCGACUUGACGGCCUUCAGCACUAACCAGAAUCUGAAAGAUUCUUGGGCUAAUUUGGUUCGUGAUAUGCUGGAAAAGGAAGAGAAGAAUGAGAAUGCUGAGUUCCAUGUCAAAGAAGUCCAGUAUAUUCAGGCAGAAGUGAAGUUAAUUAAGUGCCUGGUGGAGAACAUUGUGGUGGAUAUAUCUUUCAACCAGAUUGGAGGGCUGUGUACGCUAUGCUUCCUUGACCAGGUUGAUCAGUUUAUAAACCAGAACCAUUUAUUCAAGCGUAGUAUCAUAUUGAUUAAAGCCUGGUGUUAUUACGAGAGCCGUAUAUUGGGAGCUCACCAUGGGCUUAUUUCAACAUAUGCCCUGGAAACCUUGGUUCUUUACAUAUUUCAUGUUUUCAACAACUCAUUUUCUGGACCCCUCGAGGUUCUCUAUCGUUUUCUUGAGUUCUUUAGUAAGUUCGACUGGCAGAAUUUUUGUAUUAGCCUCUGGGGCCCUGUUCCAGUUACUUCACUACCAGAUGUAACAGCGGAACCUCCUCGAAAAGAUGUUGUAGAGUUACGACGUAACGAGGCGUUUCUCAAAUAUUGUAGUAGAGUUUAUGCAGUUAACCCUGUUGCUCAGGAGACACAGGGGCAGCCUUUUCUUUCCAAGCAUUUCAAUGUCAUAGACCCUUUGCGUGAAAACAACAACCUUGGACGCAGUGUUAGUAAAGGUAACUUCUUUAGGAUACGAAGUGCAUUUACUCUUGGUGCUAAGAAGUUGGCUAGGUUACUUGAAUGCCCUAAGGAGAAUUUGAUUCAUGAGGUUAACCGAUUCUUUAUGAAUACAUGGGAUAGACAUGGCAGCGGUCGUCGUCCUGAUGCUCCUGGAAAUGACCUAUGGCUAUCAAGAAGACUGGGAGAUCCUGAGCCUUGUCUUCAAGCUGAAAAUGCUAGUAGUUCUUCAGGCAGCAAAAGAAACCAAAAUUCCAUCCGUUCUGGUGAGGUUCAAGGAGCUCGCAGUAUGCCCUCUCAACAGAAUAACUGUGGAACAGAAGUUACAUCUAAAGCAACAUAUCAAAACCCAAAGAGUUGUGGCGACGCUUACCAACUUUCUCAAGAAGCUCGGUCUAAUCAAAAUGCUUCGAAUGAUAAACUUCAGCAAACUGUUAAGCCAGAAAUUAUGACAAAUAGUUUUCAUGGAAGGCAUCUCUUUGCCAGAACGCGGUCUAGUCCUGAGCUUACUGAGACAUGUGGUGAAGCUCUUUUGCAACAAAGGCGCAGUAGAGCCCCAGAAGCUGGAAAACGCCAACCUAAUUCUAUGAGGGCUGAAAAUAUCAGGAAAACUAAUAUGGAGUCUGAAAGUUUGUCAAGCAAUAUCAGAUGUGCGGCUGACUCAUCGUCAGUUAGGCAUACACCAUCCCCUCGAAGUCCUGAUAGUACUGCUGACAUGAGCAGCGCAGUGAACAGUUAUUAUGAUGAUUUAGGUUCGGUUUCCGUGAAUGAAGAUUUUUCUGCCGCAGGGGAACAUGGAAUGCAACAGGAAGAGCAAGAUCUUGUUAACUCGAUGGCAUCUUUUACCCGGGAAGGUUUUAAUGGACACUUUCCUUUUCCUUUUAAUUUUCCUACGGGCCACAUGCCUUUGCAAAUUACACCAGCCAUGUUAGCUUCAAUGGGAUAUGGUCAGAGGAAUGUGCCUGGCAUUGUUCCUUCUAACUUUCCUUUCAUGGAGACACCUUGGAGUACUAAUGUACAAUUUCAGCAAAACUUUGCUUCUUCACCAUUUACCCAUUAUCUUCCCAGUGGAUCCCAUCCAAUCUCAGAAAAGCUGAGCAAAGCUGGUAAUGAAGAUAUGGGGUCUCCACAAGUGAAUAUUGACGAGUCUGACCAUGAGCACUGGCACGAGCAAGAACGCGGAACUCAUAGUUUUAGACUUGAAAAUGGUCAUGAUGGAAUGCAUCAGGCAAACGAUAAACAUCAUUCAUCUUCUGCAGAGCACGUUACUGUACCCUCAAGUCGUAAAAUACGGUCAACAAGGGGAGAUGAUUUAGAAAAUUCGCACUCUCCAGUCAGAGGCAGUCAGAUUCAGAGUGAGGAGAGAAAUGCAGGCUCUAGAUCUGUUUCUUGUGCUAGUUCCGUUAGAAGUAGGACUUCAUCUGAAAGCUCUUGGGAUGGAUCAACUACAAGGGGCUCAAAGCCAGCUAGGGAUAAACGGAAUAGGAAAGUAGCUUCUGGUGCUGUACCUGCACUGUAUGGAAAAGGGAAGAGUGUUCCUGAGCACUCAAUCCAGGUUGAUGAUGAUAACAGAGAAUGGAUCCCUGUAUCAAGCAAUGAAACAAUCGGAAGGGAUUUGGGCCCUCGGCCAACUGUUGCUUCAUUUCAACUUCAGAGGCAUCAAAUACAUGGUCAUGAACUAGCUCAGGCAAGUGGAUCAGAGUCCACAGUGCCUCUUGCUCCAUUUAUCCUUGGCCAUGGCAUGCAACAAAACGAAGCCGAUAGUUCCGGAUAUACUUUUUACCCCACUGGGCCACCUGUUCCAUUCUUUACAAUGGUUCCAAUGUACAACUAUCAAGCUGGUGGUAAUGCUACAUCAGAUGCUUCGCCAAGCCAUCUCAGUGUGGAUGAAGGAGUAGAUAAUCAUGAUUCCUGUAAAAGUUUUGACUCGUCAAAGGGAGACCAGUCUGAUUUAAAUGUGUCUUCGCAAUCUACCAGAGCUGGGUCGUCUGUAGAACCAACAGAGCUCAAGAAUGAUAUUCUCAAUGGAGAUUUUGACAACCAUUGGCAAAAUUUGCAGUAUGGCCGUUAUUGCCAAAAUUCUCAACAUCCGCCGGUGUUGUAUCCUGCUCCCGUCGUAGUGCCACCUACUUAUCUCCAGGGGCGUUUACCAUGGGAUGGCCCUGGAAGACCUCUUGCUUACACCAAUGUAGCUAAUCAGCUCAUGGCCUACGGACCUCGUAUUCUACCCGUUGCCCCUGUACAACCUGUUUCUACCAGGCCACCUAACAUUUACCCUCGUUAUGCUAAUGAAGCUCCCAGAUACCGAGGUGGGACGGGGACCUAUUUUCCAAAUCCUAUUUCCCCUAGGGAGCAGCGGCCAACAUCCGGCAUGAGGCGAGGGAAUUAUGGGCAUGACAGAAACGAGCACCACAGCGAUAGAGAAGGGAAUUGGAAUAACUCAAAGGCACGGGGUUCUGGGCGAGGCCACAGCAAUCGUAACCAAGCUGAUAAUAAGCCAAGGCAAGACCGAUCUGAUAGGCAAUGGGGGUCGUCGUAUAGGCAUGAAUCGUCCUCGUAUUCUUCUCACCAAUCUCGAAACGGUCCUGUUCGCUCACAUGAUGGUCCUGGAAAUGUUGCUUAUAGCAUGUACCGAAUGCCACCGGGCAUGAAGCAGAACAAUGCGACUUCUUCAGAGGGACAUAACGGUCCACCGGUGAUGAUGUAUUAUCCACACGAUCAUAACUCUGUUUACAAUUCAACAACUGAACACGUCGAGUUUGCGUCCCAUGGACCUGCGGGUGAAGCGCCACAUCGAAAUGACGGAAACCUUUCAGCUGGUGGAGCAUUUGAAGAUCAGCCAAGGUAUCGUGGUGCUCAUAUGUCUUCACCUGAUGAUCCUUCCUCGCCUCGUUUCCCCAGGGGGAAGUAACAGCAAUGCGGCGUGGUCAAGUUUAAGCUGGAAUAAAGACAAGAACUUAGAAGAAACAGUGUGAUUACGUCACUAGGGAUCUUUGGAAAUCAAUCAAAAGAAGGCAAAAAGCUGUGAAGCGGUGAAAAGAAGAAUCAAAGACACGAAUUUAAUCAACCUCAAGACCAAUCUGGAAUGUUCUGUUUAAAGCAACAAAGAAGGAGACCAAGUCAAGAGGUCUCGGUAAGCAUCGCUCAAGCGAUCCAAAAGCUGGCUGGUUACAGAAAAACACAAGACUCUUUCUCAAAGCGAACUCUACGUUUUGGUAACUUUUUUUCUUUCUUUCUCUUUCCUUAGAAUUUUAUUCCAUAGAAAAUGUAGUUUAUUUUGCCCACAUAGAGGACUCUAUUAGAAUUCAGGGCUUAUUGUUUUCUAUCAAAAAUUUAAGAAAUAAUUUGUCUACGCUUCUUUUAGAACAAAAAAAGGAAAACAAAACGUACA